AUGAUUGAUGGCGUCCCUUCGACGUCAGGGGCAGAGGCGGACGCCGGCUGCGAAGCACCCCCGCGGCCGCGCUCGCUGCUGCUGCGGCGCCGCGCCGCGCCGCCGCCGCAAGAGCCGCAGGAUGGGGUUCCCCCGGGCCCGCAGAUCGAGCAGCAGGGCAACCAACAGCUCGGACAUCGGUGGGCGGCACCUGCCACGCGGCCGCUGGGCUCUUCACUUGCAGCUGGGGGCGAGGCCGCGUUUGAGGCCUUCUUUACAGACUACUGCCUUAGGCUGUAUGACAUCCCGGCAGUCGUGGCCCUGAUGGCACAGGUGCGGCCGCGGACCGCAGGACAUUGUGCUGCGGCGCCGCGCGCAGGCCGGCCUGCGGCCCGGCUCGCCCGGCCGCUGCUGCUCGGUUGCGCACCACGCAUCCGCCCCCGAGCAGUCCCCCUGGCCAGCGCCUGA